CAUGGCUUUUCUUGGUGGUAACAUUCAGCCACUAGAGAUGGACAGCAACAAACUCAUCUUCACUGGCCUUGGCACACUUCUCUGUCUUGGGAUUGGCCUUUCUCGUCUCCUGAACAAACAAGGACCAAAGACAGGCGACCAGUCGCCCGGCCUUCUUCAAGCUUUUGGGCUUUUCUUCUACACUUGCUUCGUCAAGCCGCACCGGGUCGGCGGCACGAACACCCAGCAGGAUGCGCUCGAGUCCUUCUACGAGACCCAGGCGAGCAUCUAUGAUGUCACACGGACGACUCUGCUCAAGGGCCGGGAGGACAUGUUGGCGCUCGCCGCAGCUCAGCUCCUCCACAGGGCAAAGAAGCAGUCACACCAGAAGCGAAUCUGGGUGGAUAUCGGUGGUGGCACUGGCUGGAACAUCGAAGCAAUGAACCGCUUCGUUGAUGUUCCCGAGUUCUUCUCGAGUGUUUACCUCGUCGACUUCUCUCCAUCCCUGUGUGAAGUCGCCAGGCAACGCUUUCAGCGACUAGGCUGGAAGAACGUCAGGGUCGUCUGCCAGGAUGCGCGAAAGUUUCGGAUCGAAGAUCAUGAAGCAAGCGGCCCCAAGGGUUGGAACCAGGCAAUCGGCGCCGACCUGCUGACAAUGUCGUACAGCCUAUCCAUGAUUCCCGACUUCUACUCAGUCAUCGACUCGUUGAGCUCGCUUCUCGCACCUGGCGGCAUCAUGGGCGUGGUCGACUUUUACGCGCAAUCCAAGGUUGAUUUCAGCUUCCGCAACCACACAGCCGGUCUCACUGGGAGGCACUGUGGCUUCAUCCUCCGGAGCUUUUGGCGUGCUUGGUUUGAUCUCGACCGUGUCAGCCUCGAGCCUGCGAGGCGAGACUACCUGGAGUACCGCUUUGGGACAGUCCUGGGGGUCAACACGCGCAAUCGGAUGCUGGGAAAUAUCCCAUACUACAUCUGGAUCGGCUGCAGCAAGACCUCUAGUGGUCAGAAUGGUUCUACACAGAGCUUGCACGAGAACGUCAGCCCCAAGGCGGUUCAGGUAGCCGUGAAGAACAGCUCGGCCGGGUUACCACUUCCGUCGUUCUUCUACCAGAACCAUGCGUGGCGCAUCUACUACGACGAUCAGCUGCGAAAGCACAAGCAGUUUAACGAUGAGUACAUCUAUGCAUUCACUUGGGAAGACACCCGCGUCGACGCCCGCCUGCUCAAGAUCUCUUCAGAUGAUGUCGUCUUGGCCAUCACGAGCGCUGGAGACAACAUUUUGUCAUACAUCAGCCAGUCUCCCGCACGAGUUCACGCAGUGGAUCUCAACCCGUCGCAGAACCACCUUCUCGAGCUCAAGCUGGCAUCAUACUCAGCUCUUGACUACGCCGACUUCUGGAAGAUCUUUGGCGAAGGACACCACGACGAGUUCCGCGCGCUCCUGAUUAACAAGCUGUCUCCCCACCUGUCGAGCCGGGCGUUCCAAUACUGGUUCGCCAACGCGCACAUCUUCACCAGCAAGCACGGUCUCUACGACACGGGUGGAUCCAAGCACGCGAUCAGGGCAUUCCGCUGGAUCUCAUCUGCGUUUGGGGUCCGCUCCGCCGUGCGUGAAAUGCUUGAAGCGAAGACGCUCAACGAGCAGCGUGAGAUCUGGCAGGGACGGAUCCGUCCGGCACUCCUGUCCCGCAUGGUCAGCAACUUCGUGGUCAGCCAGGAGCAGUUCCUCUGGUCGGCCCUGGGCGUGCCAAAGCACCAGCUCGCCAUGCUCGAGAGGGACCACGCCACUUCCAAGGUGGUCUCGCGAGGCGAGGCCAGUAACUCGCGGACAAGUGCCAUCUGGCAGUUCAUGUCGGACACGCUCGACCCCGUGGCGCACGACACUCAUAUCGCCGAGGAAAACCCCUAUUACUACGUCACUAUGGCGGGCAAGUUCUCCCCGCGCUGCCAUCCGGACUACUUGUCCCCGGCCGCACACGCAAAGCUCUCCCGCCGCGGCGCUCUGGAGGACCGCAUUCGUAUCCACACGGAAGAGAUUGACGUGGUGCUCGCCGGGCUCGCGCCAGGAUCCCUGACUGUCGCCGUGGUGAUGGACAGCAUGGACUGGUUUGACCCCAAAGAGCCCGGCGUUGCCGCUGCACAAAUCUCCAAGCUGAACAGGGCGCUCAAGCCCGGCGGAAGAGUGCUGCUGCGCUCGGCUGGUUUGAAACCGUGGUACGUGGAAGAGUUCGCCAAGUUGGGAUUCGCGCCAAAAAGGGUUGGAUGUCGCAGCCCAGAGACUCGGUGCAUUGACAGAGUAAACAUGUAUGCCAGCUGUUGGCUUUUGACCAAGACGGGAGGUCUGCCACCACCAACUCCGGGCAUGGAAGGCGAGGCGCUCGUAAGCUGUCCUGUUGACGAAGGGUUGGCUAUGAUUUGA